AUGCGUCUAGCCCGGUUCCGGAGCCAGGGACAGCUGGCGAUACUUGACGAGAUACUUGCUGGUGGCAAUAACAAUGCUUUUGUAAGCGACUAUCGUGCGGGUUUGACCAGCCAGAACUUUGACAUUGCGAUAAACAUCGAGGACGGGGACAGCAGGCCCGGGCUUGAUUCUGAUGAGGUGCGGCGAAUCAUGGAGACCCGUGGUGUUUCGUUUGACAAGGCGCGGCUUAUCCGGCAACAGCAGUUGAUGCAGCGCAAUGGCAUUGAUCCGUUGACCGGAAUGCCGCUGGACCCGAAGGUUGUGACGUUUGGCGGUAGGUAG